AGUGGAUGCAUAUUCUACCAAUCAAGCACUUUGCGAAAGAAACUGGAAGAAGACUUGAACAGGUCACCUUUGGCUUGGAUUGAUCCUGGCGUAAUUUUGUGUAGAGAGCUAUGGCUUCUUGACUACAAUCUAUUGUAUGGGUAGUGCAUACUCAGUGCAAGAUCUCCGUCGACACGAGGUUGAGGACAUCAUUGAGGGUUGACAUCGUUGACGUUUGGUUUUGGUUUGGCGGAGAAUUGGUCAAUGGGUGAGGUCAUCAAUGCAGCAGAGCUGCACAUCUUCUCUCUUCGACGCACCUCUGCCCGAACUGGACUAAUAACUCGAGCCCUACCGCCCUUAGGGGUUUCCGUGGGAAACGGCGACGGCACAGGCUUCAGACUUAUCUUUCUGCUUCCUGCGAACUGCAAUCAAAGCUCAACAGAUCCACAGCCUAAUUCAUUCAUCUACCGGUAUCAAAUAUCUAUCUACCCAUCCAUCCAUCAUGCCACCUCGGGCCAUUGCGACUGCCAGCGCCGCUCCCAAGUUCUUGGAUGAAGUUGUCGGCAAGGAGGUAGAAAUCCAGUUUGCUGUGGAAGGAGGAGACGAUGCCUUUUUUCGAGGAACCAUUGAGGGGAUCCAAAAGAUGCGGCGAAAACUGAGUAGUGGGUGGAAGGAUGUGGAACAUUACAUUCUGUUUGACGAUGGAGAUGAACGUUGGUUUGAUCUAUCCAGUGAAGACCAGUAUGGGCGACUGAGAUGGAUUACAGCAGCAACAACAGCAACAAUAAGUACAAGAAGGCAAACGAGACAGUCCAGACGGAAUCAGAAACCUGUGGAAGUAAUCGAGUUGGACGAUGAUGAUGACGACGACGACGAUGUGGCUGUUUCAAAUGAAGCUACAAAUGGGCAAGAUGAUCGAAAACCUGCCGCUGUAUCCAAUAAACAGAAGCCAUCUCGCACGGAGAGUUCUUCACCCGAGCCUGAUGGACCCCCUUCAUCUGCUUCAUCGUCUGUUGUGGAAGUAGUGGUGGGAAAUUCUGCUUCUGUGGGAGUGGAUAAGAAUGGUCAAAAACAAACCGAAGUGCAAUAUACUAGCAAGAGACCCCGCACUGAGACUUUUGGUGCCCAGCCCGAUGCACCUUUUCCUUCCAUUGCUUCGGCUUCCCGCGCUUCAACACCCUCCGACAUUUCGGAAUUUGGGCAGGGAAUUGACAUUAGCGACGACUCGAAGCUCGUUGGGGCUGAAGAGGAAGAGGAUCGAAAGCAACCUGCUGCAGUGCCACCUGCUUCUAAAAAAAGGCAUCGCAUGGAGAGGGCGACACCAGAUGAGCCUCUCUCAUCGGCAUCCAACUCUCGAGCAUCGACACCAGAUGUAUUCCAAUCUACGACCGUUGCCUUGAUCAAUCCUCCAAAGGAUCAAGUUGCCAAGACGGCGCAAAAACCUGUUACAACCAGGGGCAAAGCGCCUCCUCGGGGUCUUCAGCUAAAGCUGCAGCGACAACAAGCCGCAAAGGCUCCAAUCUCCGUGGCUGUGGUCACCCCUGCAAAAGAAAAACACAAAACGUCUCACAGCAUACUACCAUCGAAACCCUUUGCUGUAAUAGAACCUGCCGCCAAACGCAAGAAACCUGCGACCACCAAUCCGAGAAAACCAAAGAACACUGCUUCUUCCAAGAGGAAGCAGCCCCCAUCAUCAAGCAGUGCGGCACUUGCCACCACCACCACCAAAGCAGACUACAUUUACUCGGAUGAAAUUGACCUGCGAGACUUUGAAUACUGGUUGCGGAACCUUCACAAAAGUGGCCGUAAAAAUGCAGAGAAAAAAUUGAUCUCCAAAGCCAAUGCGAACUGCGUCAUGAGACAAGUUCGCAAGUUUGUGGCUGGUGAAGGAGUCACAUACGGUAGAUGGCCCAAUGGCACAUACUUCAAACCUGGAGUCAAAUUCAAUUUGCGACACAACUACAUGCUGUUUCACGAAGAGGCAAAGGCAUUCGAGGACCGGUAUGGAGAGGACCUGGGCCAUGGAUGGCUCAUGAGGCAUCCCAUCAUGAAGCUGAAAUUGUAUUGUCCAUAUGCCAGGGAGCUUCGGCAGAGGAAACGAGAGUUUUUGGCGUUUCUGUGUUCGACGUUGCGCAGUGAGAGUCCUAGCUCGGUCGCGAAUGGUGUCGGCGAUGUAUUGAAAACGAUAUUUUCCUUUGUCGUCAGAGAAAAGGUGUAUGUCACGGCUUGAUCCACAAUCGGCAGGAUCCAGGAGUGUACCUUAGUACAUGUAGUAAAGUCAUGUGCAGAUCUUCGCAGUUGGCUGCAACGACGUUCUUGGACUACGUAUGUUCGUGUCAAGAUCGGAGCAUUGGCUGACUGGGGGCAUACCGCGGAUGCGCACAUCAUCUCGAGUGAGGUACUGCAUGUUUGUUUUUGUUCAACAGCAAGCUCAUUAUUAUCAAACUAGCUAGUCGCAGACGUAUUCAAGGCAUGCAGUACAUUUCUUCAGUUGGAAAUCCAGCAUACUUGGGUGCCAGCCUGACGAAUCGACUAAUUCUAAGUUGGGAGCAACUUGGCUUUGAACAGGAGGUACCGGUACCUGGUACCCAUAUUUGUGCUUCGAGCCCACACACCAAAAAGUGGGCUAUAAUUGUUGAAUCAAAGACUGCAGAUUAUGUUGAGGCGGCAAACUGAUGGCCUCUUGGAUAAGAGACCACAGGGAAGUACAUGUACUAAAAGACUGUCACCGUUGGCUCCUGCUGGUGAAUGUAGAUCCGAUGCUGCAGGUUCACAGUGUGUCCGCAUGGGCAGAAAGAAAAAAC